CCGACUGACUUGGCCUCGAGGCCACCAAGGGAGUGCAGGAGCACCAAAUGACAACCGCCGGCGCGUAGUAUAACAUGAAGGGACAAACAUCUGGCCAACACCACAAGACCUCUCUCUCUCUGUCUCUCACGAACACCUGCUGUCGCCAUGAUGGUGAAAUGCGUAUAUAGUCCUAGCUCUGUCCUUCGUCGCCAUCCGAACUUGGCACCCAAUGACAAGCACCAACAGAGCCAUCACAAAUCCAGAUUUGUUAUUAUCAGAAUCAUUUUGCCAUCGUAUGACAUCCCUCGGAUUGUCAGUCUCAGCCACGAAUUCGUUGUCUACCCUCGCCCUAACAUUCCAUCGCGUGGUCCGGUACCACAAUUCAACACGAAACAACACAACAUGAACCGACACCUCUUCACAUGGGCGACGUGGCCCGCGGCUGGUCCCGGGUCGAAUCACUCCCAACUAGUAGAAGAUCGCUCACAACAGCAGGUCUUUCCAAAACCCAAAAUGCACCCAAAGCCAAAACCAGGGCAGUUGCAGCCACCACAUGCACAGAUGCAGCAACUCCAGAUUCGGUCUGCCCAACCGAGCCCUCCAACAACGACCCCUAGCUUCCACCACGACACCGCUCCGAGAUGGGGCACCGAGGAGGCCUAUGAGCGCGCACUGCACAUUGCCCAAUUGGCGGUCCAACGCGCCGCCCUGGCAACCAGGGCGGUGCAGAAGACCGAAGUGCUUCCCAAGCUGCAAAACCGGGGCCACGGCGUCACCGCCACCACCAGCACCGGCGGCACCGGCAGCGGCGAAACCGCCUUUUCAUACAAAAAACCCGACAAGACGCCCGUGACCAUAGCCGACUACGCCGCGCAAGCCCUGCUCAUCUCAGGGCUCGCCAAGGCAUUUGGCAACCACUCCUUCCUCGGCGAGGAGGACGCCGAGGCGCUGCGCAAGAACCACGGGCUGUGCCGGCGGGUGUGGGAGCUGGUCCAGAGCACGCGGCUCGACGACGGCGAGAGCGAAGCGCUCCUGGGCCGGCCCGAGACGGUCGACGAGAUGCUCGACGCCAUGGCGCUGGGCGGGCAGGACAACGCGGCGCAGAAGCUCGCGGGCACCUGCUGGGUCAUGGACCCCGUCGACGGGACCACGCCGUUCCUCCGCGGCGGGCAGUACGCCAUCUCGCUGGCGCUGAUUGAGAAGAAGAAGGAGGUCAUUGGCGUCUUGGCCUGUCCGAAUCUCGCCUACAAGCCCCCGACGCUGUCUGGCAGAGGUGCGGGGUACGUCGACGUGAAGGAAGACGAUCGGGAUCGGGUCGGAAGGGGACUGAUGCUUUCCGCGAUGAAGGGGAAGGGGGCCAGUAUGAGGCCGUUGGGGAAGGGCGCUUUGCUGGAUUCGAUGCCGAUCAGUCGCAGCUCGCUGCGACAGCCAAAGCUUAGCGAAUUGAAGUUUGUGGACUCGGCCAACAGCCCGGCCACGUUGACGGAGAAGGUGGAUAUAAUGGCUCAGAAAACGGGGUCGCUGGGCAAUCUGCGGACCGAGAUCUACUCGUCGCAUGUGCGCUAUGCCGCGAUGGCGCUCGGCGGGAAGGAGCUGGUGCAGGUUCGCGUGCCGAAGGAGGUGGAAGGAGAGAAGGCUCAUUGGUGCGUUUGGGAUCAUGCCGGGUCGCAGUUGAUAUAUACAGAGACCGGAGGCAAGGUUACCGAUGUCGCUGGGCAACGGAUCGAUUUUGGCGCGGGCAGCCGGCUUGUGAACAACUGGGGGGUUAUUACAGCUGACCGGGACAUCCACGAUGCCAUCCUCAGCAAGGUAAGGGAGAUGCAGGCGGAAGGGGAAGGCCAGAGCAACAGAUCCUGAAGAUACCCUGGGUAGCAAAUAUACCACAUCUACACCGCUGCCCUUGGCUUCUGCCUCCACAAAUGGGCAAGGCCUGUCAACAUCCGUUUCUCGGCCGGAUCCUCGUAGAGCGGUAAAGACCCCGUUGCAACCCCGUUGGUAUUGUCCCUGGCACUCCACUCCUUCUGCUUCGAGAUCAUAAACUCCCUGAUGGCUUGCGGCGAAGCGCCAUGCAAUUGGUUGGUAUCGACAGUCCGGCUCUGUAAGCGCCCGCUGAAGAAAUCAAAGACGCCCCUAAAUGUAGAAAGUACUGCAGUCCU